AUGGCGCUCGCUAGACGCUGUACGCUUCCUCUUCUACUCGUCCUUGCUUUAGCCUACAUUGCCAAUGCAGCCGUUGCUCCCACGGCCACAGCAGGCCCCAAGUGCAAGAACGCUUUUCCGCAGAGGCCCUUGUGCAAGUUCGUGGACAGCUUGACCACGCGCGUCAUCCCCACUCUCGAUGGAACCAAGCCGCUCACCAUUGGCGCCUACCAGAUCUACCAGAAAUUCCAUCGCGAUCUGCCGGCGACGAAGCAGUACGCGUACGGCACGAGUCAGAAGACGGCGUCGUACCCCGGCCCCACCAUCGUGGCCAAGGUGGGCAUCGACACGACGGUGACGUGGGAGAACCACCUGCUCGACAACACGCACAUGUUCACCGUCGAUCGCACCAUCAUGAUGGGCAUCAAACUCCCCAAGAAGGGCAUUCCCAUUGUUGCUCAUCGGCACGGCGGCAGCCAGCAGAGCUUCUACGACGGCCACCCGCUGGCAUGGCUGACGCAGUACGGCGAGAAGGGCCCAACCUACGCGACGAACGUGUACAAGUAUGUUAACGACGAGGCGUCGACCGUGUGGUACCACGACCACAUGGCGGGCAUGACGCGCCUCAAUGUCGCGGCGGGCCUGGCGGGCUUUUACAUUAUCACGGACCCCAAGGUCGAGUCCAAGUUCACCUGGCUGCCGCCGCCCUCCCGCACCGUCCCGCUCGCCAUCGCGGAUCGCCUCUUCUUCGCCAACGGCUCGGUGAACUACCCGAACGUGGGCAUAGUGCCGAACGUGCAUCCCAACUGGAUUCCCGAGUACAUCGGCGACACCAACAUGGUCAACGGGGUGGUUUGGCCGUACCUCAAGGUCCGCCCUGCUGUGUACCGGUUCAAGAUGCUGGGCGCGGCGAACGCGCGUUUCUACAAUCUGCAGUUUGUCUGCGCGCAGCGCGGCGAUUACCCCAACUUCGUGCCGCCGCUCAAGGGCCAGGUUCUCGACAUCGUCAGCAUUGCCACCGACGGCGGUUACUUGGCGAAGCCGGUGAAAUCGAAGUCGCUGCUGCUCAUUCCAGGCUCUCGCCAGGACGUGCUGGUUGAUUUCUCCAGCCUGCCCUCCACCUGCAAGGACGUCAUUCUUCAGAACGUUGCCCCCGCGCCGUUCCCCGCUGGUGUGACGGCUGACCGCGACACCGGGCUUGUCAUGCGCUUCGUCAUCACCAACAAAAAGCGCAUUCCCGCCGCCAAAGUCCCCAGCUCCAUCUCGUACCUUCCGCCGAUCAACUACAAGAACAUCCAGAAGGUUCGCUGGCACCGGCUGAUAGAGCAGAUGGAUCCGAAGACGAACCUGCCAAUCCGCAUCACCAUCGACAACCUCGGCUUCAUGGACCCCGUCAGGGACUUCCCCAAGCAGGGCACGAACGAGCUGUGGCACAUCAUCAACCUGUCGGCCGACGCGCACCCCUUCCACAUCCACCUCGUCGACCACCGCCCGGUGUCGCGCCGCCCCUUCGACGUCGCCGCGUUCCAGUCCGGCAAGUGCGCGUUCCGCGGCAAGAAGCUGCCGCGCUGCUGGACGGGCCCACGAGUGAAGGUCGACCCCACCGAGGACGGAUGGAAGGACACCACGCCCGCGUACCCUGGCCAGGUGCUCACGCUGUGGCUCGGGUGGAAGGACAACAACGGCAAGCCUCUGAAGUUUGACGCGUCCGUUGGCCCGGGCUACGUGUACCAUUGCCACAUGCUGGACCACGAGGACAACGACAUGAUGAGGCCGUUCAAGCAGAGGAGAGCGAGGAUCGAAGCUCGUGCCGCAGCUGCUGCAGCAGCCGAGCGGGAAGCGGAGCGCGCGGAGUACGACGCUGACGAUGAUGAUGACGAUGAUGACGAGGAGCGUGAAGCCAAGGCUCCAGCAGCAGCAGAGCCUAAGAAACCUAAGAAACCUAAGAAGCCCAAGGUUACUGUUUUGGAGGCUGCGACAGCGAUUAAAGUGGACGAAUUGUCCGCGUUUCUUGUCGAGAUCUCGGAAUCAUUCGCAGGCAUGCCUGAUGUGCAGCUGAUGCGCUGUGCGGAUUUCUUUGCACGAGCCUUCAGCGCGGUGCUUCCAUCACAGCUCAACAUCCCCAAGAUCAUCCGAGAUUCCAGCUUGGCCAAAGCGCUUGAUUUACCUUGGAAUGACAUUCCCGAGGAGGUUCGCACAACCGCCUCUGGAUGGCUCGCGGAGCGGCCUGCUGACGCGCUGGCGAAGUUUCUGGUUACCCUAGUGCGAUCCGCGCUGGAGGAUGUGCUUCCAGUCGGCAAGGUGGCCAAGGGAACCGCCGCACAGCCGCUGACGCCGCCCAAGGCCAAGGUGGGCAUGCUAGUGCUGCUGGUGCUGCUGUUGAGGCGGCGACCUGACGUGAUGCUACAGGCCGCAGACACCAUCCGCACGGACCCUGGCUGCCUCGGCCAGGACAGGCUGCCCGUGCUCGCCUGGAUGUACGGCCAGGUGGCAGUGGUGGAUCUGGUAUCGGGCAUGGCGCUGCUGGUCAGCAAUCUCAUGCCCUUCACAUCGGGCAAGCAGGGCUCGCCUGUGGGCCGUGACGUCACGCUCACCUACUUCCAAACUGUACUGCUGCGGGGCAACGAGCGCAAGGCGAGGGCGGUGCUGCUGAACGGCGCCUUCCGCAAGGGCGAGCGCCUGGUGCCCUACUCCACGCUCGACCAGUUCCUGCGCCUCGCCUACCCCCCCGCCUCUGCUCGCACCAAGGCCACUGACCGCUUCACUGCGCUCUACCCGCUUCUUAAGGAUAUCACGCUCGCAGGCUCGGGCCGAACCAAGUCCACCAAGGCUGUCGCUACGAUGCUGCUUCCGCUGAUGUUCCGAGCCGCAGGGGAAGAGCCUGAAGCGCUCGCCCAGGAGGCGAGCAGUCUCUUUGUGUGGUGCUUGGCAGAGAACCCCGACUGCUACCUGCAAUGGGAGCGGCAUCAUGCGGAGGACCAUGCGACCAGCACACUCCUGCUCGCCUACGUGCUGCGCGCAUGGCCCACUGUUAAGACGCAGCUCGCGCCCUUUGACCCUCUGCGCAAGUUCCUUGCCUCCAUUCGCAAGAAGCACAUUGCGGCACUGGAGGAGUUGGAUGAGGGCCAAAUAGCGCGGAAAAAGGACAUUCAAAACGCCGACGCAGCAGCCAGGAAGCUGCAAGGAAAGGUGGCGUCAGGGGGGAGCUGUGUGGUGGUGUCAGCUGCUCUGGUGGCUGUGGCAGCAGCAGCAGCAUACAACUUGCCACCUCAAGGCGAGUUCAACCUGGAUAUUGAUGCCGUGCUUGCACUGUUCAAGGGUAAUUAA